AUGGGUUUCUGGAAAUCGAAAAAAGAUAAAGGCUCGCCCUCCAUCUCGUCUGAAUCGACCAAUCCCUUCGAAUCCGAUGCUGCAAGCACUACCACCUAUAGCACCCAGUCACCCGCUCCUUCUUACCACAGCACACCUCCUCCAACAAACGACUAUGGAGCUCCCCGAAAUGGCGGUGGUGGCCGCUAUGGCACUCGCCGUUAUGACGAUCAGUACGAGGCACAACAACGCAAUGAACUUUUUGCCGGUGCCAGUGACCGCCGUCUACCUCCAUCACAACGCUUCGCCGGCAGUGCUGACGACGAAGACGAGUAUGGUAGAGGCCGUAAUGGUGCGAGCCGCUAUGCCGAUGAGGAAGAUGAGGAAGUGGCCAACAUCAAGACACAGAUUCGUGAUGUGAAGCAAGAAUCCCUGGAAAGCACCCGCCGAGCACUUCAAAAGAUGAACGAAACCGAACAAACUGCUGGUAAUACCAUGGGCAUGCUUGGCGAACAGUCUUCCCAACUCGCCAAUGUCGACCGCAACCUCGACUUGUCCAAGGCUUACUCUGACCGAGCCUCUAACCAAGCCAACGAGUUGCAACAACUGAACCGCUCCAUCUUCAUUCCUGUUGUGAAGAACCCAUUUACCCGAAACAAGCGCCAACAACGAGAAAUCGAAGCGCUGCAGCGAGAUCAGCGGGAGCACAUGGACGAGCGUGACCGCAUCCGUCAAUAUGAAUUUGAAUCCAACGCACGUCUUGAGCAAGCACAACGUCGAAACGAACGUGUCUCGGCCAAUGCAGGAUACCGCCGCGGCCGAUCAGAGGCCGAUAAACGAAGAUACCAGUUCGAGGCUGAUGAAGAGGAUGACGCUGUUGAGGAUGAGAUUGAUCAAAACUUGGAUCUGCUUGGUGGAGCUACGGCUCGUCUGAAGAACAUGGCUAUAACCAUGAACGAAGAACUCGAUAGUCAGAACAAGCAGCUCGACAAGGUGAACAAGAAGGUUGAUCCACUUAGCCAAAAGUUGAGUUCUACCACUCACAGACUCAACAGAACCAAAUAA